AUGUAUCGACCGUCGAAUGGUCAUACGAAGCCUGAUCUUGAACGCCCCAACGCAUGUCCGUAUACUAAAGACACGCACAUAAGAAAAAAUACUUUUGAGCAAAAUUUCAAAUUUUCAUAUCGUUCUGUUCAACAGUCUGGCUUAACGCAAUCAUAUGGCGACGAUUCAGAUUUUUCUCAACAAAUACGUGCAUUACCUACCUUAUCGUUUUUACCAGCUGCUAACAUCAUCCCAACAUUUGGAGAAUUAAAAUAUCAAUUUCCAGUGCAAGUGCAACCAGUCAUUUAUUAUUUUGAUCACACAUAUAUUGAUAUGAAAGAUCGUUUAUCACGUCCACGCAAAACAUCUAAAUUUGCUUUAGAAUUAUGGAAUACAAAUAAAAAUACAUGGAAUGAUCAUCAUCGUACUAAUAAUGUUGUAGAGGGAUAA